AUGGGGCGAAGGAGACUCGCCCCCCAGCCCCGCAGUGAGCUGAUUCUCGUUGCUCUUGUGGUGACACUGACCUCAGACAAACUGCCAGAAAUCCCGCCCAGGGGUGUCAGGACCGGGACGGCAGCCACGCAGGACGAGUGGGACGCCAUUGCCAAGCUGAAGUCCGAAGACUGGGAACUCUUGGUUCCUAUGACAGAGCUCAAGCUGGGGAACCCUGCCUCGAGCCACAACUAUUUCCUUGUCAAUUCUCAGCACAGGUGGACCCUCAUGAGACUCAACAUAUUUCCAGACGGCGGCGUCGCCCGCUUUAGGGUAUAUGGUACUGGACAGAGGGACUGGAUUGCGACAGACCCCACCGACCCCGUGGACCUGGUGGCCGUCGCCUUUGGGGGCGUCUGUGUAGGAUACAGUAAUGCACACUUUGGGCACCCCAACAAUAUGAUAGGUAAGAGAGCACUCAGGUAUGGAGGUGUGGGCCCUGCCCCCUCUGGCUCAACGGGCUGGGAAACCGCGAGAAGGCCCGACAGGCCCCCGGGUAACGAUGAGAAAGGCCUCCUCCUGGUUCCAGGCUGCGAAUGGGCAGUUUUCCGCCUGGCACAUCCCGGAGUAAUAACUCAGAUAGAAAUCGACACGAAGUACUUCAGAGGCAAUGCUCCGGACAGCUGCAAGGUGGACGGGUGCAUCCUGACGACGCAGGAGGAGGAGGACAUGGUGAAGAACAAGUGGGCUCUGCAGACCCACAAGUGGAAGGUGCUGCUCCCCACGACCAAGCUGUCGCCCAACCACAGCCACCUGCUGGACAGCCUGACCCUGGAGCUCCAGGACGUCAUCACGCACGCCAGACUCACCAUCUUCCCCGACGGGGGCGUGAGCCGCCUCCGGCUCAAGGGCUUCCCCAGCUCCAUCUGCCUGCUGAGGCCCCGGGAGAAGCCCAUGAUGAGGUUCUCGGUGAAGGCGGGCUUCCGGGCCAACCUUUAGCCGCCCGCCACGCUGCAAGGCCGGCUGCGGAGUCAGCCUUCUCUCCAAGCGUUGAAUAAA